UCGCGCACAGCGCCGCAAAGACACGUCGCUAGCCCUGUCGAGGUUUCUUCCUUUUCAUACCUACAUGAUACCGUGACUAAGGAGAUUCAUCUCUUGAUAUUGAUCAAUUCUCACAUCCCUGUGAGAAUCAUUCGCAAGAUGCGGCACCUACCUACGUGAAUGUUCCAUAGGAUACCUACUGGUAUUCCGUAAGGCGUAGCAUACAUGGUACAACGCAUGUGGAUAAGGAAACUAACUUGGCUAAUGGGUUAUGAGAGGAUCCUGGCUACGGUUACGAUAUAUCGCGAUCUCAACUGAAGUCCUUCUUUCCGCAUCGCUCCAUCCCGUCUAUCUACCCACCCACACCAUCAUCAUCACCUCCACCAUGCGACUCUCAUCCUUCACCUCCAUCCUCGCCCUCGCCGGCGCCCACUUAGCCUCCGCUAGCAUAUCAACAGCCACGGCCACAGCAACGAAGACGGCUGUAGUAGUCGUAGUCGGCACCAGGGUGAUCGAGUACCCACCGACUACCGUGCCGAAGGAGACAGUCCACACGGCGGAAUGGGAGAUGAUAUCAGAAUCUGAAUGGCCUACGGCACCUGCGUGUUCGAAGACGGGGGUCUGCUAUGGCAAGGAGGUCGAGUGUUCGGGGACCAAGACGCUGCUCCAGAGUUGUGGUAUUCAAUGCACUCAAACAGCUGCUCCGACAACCUGGACUUGUUAGGGGUAGGUACCCAGUAGCCUAUGCUUUCUUUGGCUUAAGGGUACAACGGCAUACAAAUAUAAAACCACUUAUUAGUCUCUCGAUAUAAAGCAUCAAGUACGGAUCUGAAUGGAGUGGAACUAAAAGUACUCUGCAUAUGAAUAGCUCGGCUCGGUUAUCUGGUUUACCGUAGCUAUUCCUGGCUUGUGUGAUGUACGGAAUAGUGACACAUCUGGAUCUAGAUGCACAUCUUGGCAAUUCUUCACUGGCGCAUCAUGAAUAACUACAGCAUUGCUAUCCACGUCUUCUCUUCCAGUGUCUAACUACCUAGCAGAGUUCAUCAACCGCUCUUG